CUGCCGGAUGUCCCUCAUCUUCUGCCGGAUGUGUGUCCCCUUCCUCUGCCUCUGUGUUGGGGUUCUAACCUCCGGUGGAUUUGUGAGGACUAUGGUUAACUACUCCUCAGAUCUCUGCAGGCUGAAAACCAAACUGCACUCUCAGAUGUCAUCAGAGUUUCAUCAGAUGGAGGAUUUCCUCCAAAGGGACCGUUGGCCGCAGCUGAGCAUGUGCACAGCAGCAGGGAACUGUAACUCCAAACCAGAUGAAUUCAAAUCCAUACAAGCCCAACAAUAUCACCCAGCAUCACUCAUCAGAUGGGACCCUUCAUCUGCAGUCAGGAGUCACACAUCAUGAAGUACUAAAAUAUAUCCUCUUGCCUCAGCUCGGUCGGUCCGUCAGUCGGCAUGACAACGCGCUCCGGAGGCUGCACGGGGAACGGCUGAGUGCGCGCGGACCGCGAUGGCAGCUGAAGAUGCACAGUAACGGAACCAGCGGCUCCGGUACCGGUCCCGGGAGCGGCCCGGCGGUCCCGGCGGUCCCGGCCAUGGAGAGAGCGCGGCCGGCCACCGUCACCGUGUCCGCGGUGAGCCUCGCGCUCAGCGUGAUGGCGCUGCUGCUGCUCGUCACCGCCAUCUCCUCCGACCACUGGUACGAGACGGACACGCGCAGACACAAGGACAACUGCGACCGCCACGGGUCCGAUUCCAACGACCAGAAGAACCGAGAGAUGCCCAUCUACCACCUGCCGCUCGUAGACACCGGCAGCGGCGGCGCGCGGCCGCGGGACGUGGCGCACAUGAAGCCCGUGCACGUGGGCAGCCGCGAGGAGGAGCUGCUGGAGAACUGGCGGGCCAUCCUGGGGAUGGGCAUCCUGGAGACGGAGUGCGGCAGGCCGCUGUUCUCCGCGCACUCCGGCCUCUGGAGGAAGUGCUACUUCCGGGGUCUGGACCCAGACAUCGACAAGCUCAUCGACCGCGGUAUCGCUGAUCGCUGCACAGCUGUGAAGUAUCACUUCUCUCAGCCAAUCAGACUGAGGAACAUCCCUCUGAACCUGACGCGGACCAUCCAGCAGGACGAGUGGCAUCUGCUGCACCUGCGGCGUAUCACAGCAGGGUUCCUGGGCAUGGCGGCGGCCGUGCUGCUGUGCGGCAGCAUCGUGGCGUCCGUCGGCUUCUUCUGGGAGGAGAGUCUGACGCAGCACGUCUCCGGUCUGCUCGCCCUAAUGGCAGGGAUCUUCUGCACCAUCUCUCUGUGUACGUACGCGGCCAGCGUUACCUACGACCUCUCCAGGAACCCGCCCUUCAUCUACGGGCUGCCGGCCGACGUGGACCACGGGUAUGGCUGGUCCAUCUGCUGUGCCUGGGCCAGUCUGGGCCUCACCGUGGCCGCCGGCUGCCUCGGUACCACCUUCCCCUUCCUGAGUCGGGCCGGAGCUCUGCGCUCCAAAACCGCCCGCGAGUCCUCGGUCUGAGCCGCCGGCCGCCCAGCCAGCACGCCGGGGCGGGGGGGGGGUCCUUGGGCAGCCAAUCGGACCUGGACCUCCUGGGUCACGGGACGCCGUGGGCGGUUCUGCACGGUUCUGCACGGUUCUGGAUGGUUCUGGAGGCUGAGCCUCCAGGUGGAGCCACCUCAGGAACUCAACACGUGUUUCUAAAAUGUGUUCCAUGAACCUGAAGCAAAGUGUUUGUAAAACAGAAGUGUCUCUCUGCUGCCCCCUGCUGGGAGUUUAUGAUAUGGACUUUAAUGUAACACACCCACACCCACACAGACAGACACACACAGACACACACACACACACACACAGACACACAGACAGACACACACACCCACACACACACACACACACACAGACACACACAGACACGCUGCAGUCGUGUCUGACCCAGUCUGAGACCAACUCUUUAGAGUUUGGGUUGAGAUGUAUUUUUUAUUUAAAAUCAGAUUUAGAUAAUAUAAUAAGAUAAUCUUCUGAAAGUCUUUGCUGAGCUCCAGCUGGCUGCAGUGAUGUCACCGACAUCUCACUGAUUAUUUCCGUUUCAGUUUUGGAUAAUUACCGUGUGGAACAGGAUGUGGAGGUCUGAACAUGCAACAGAACAAUAUUGUGAAUUAAAUGAAAUUAAUUCAAAUGUUUUCAGACUGAGUUCAGACUCGACUGCUGGACCAAAACCUGAAGAUCCAAACAUCAGCCUGCACUCCAAACUCUUCUUUAAAUCUAUAUCUUAGCAUCAGAACAAAAGGUCUCUGAAGAGUGUUUCCAGGUAACCUGUCUGAUUGGACGCACCUUCUAGCUCUAAACGGUGUCACCGUGUUGCUAUGGUUUCCAGGUUAAAGGGCCCAUUUCCUCUGAGUUGUAUGACGUCACACGGCGUAGAGACACGCAAGAGAAGUCUCCGUUACAGAGACGGCUGAAACAUACCGACAUCGUUUAGGAACCGGGAUCAAAGUCACAGUAUUGGUAUCGGUACCGGUGUCAAACAUUUUAGUCCCAUACCCAGCCCUAGUUACAGCUGCUAGCCAAUCAGAUCUAGUUACACCUGCUAGCCAAUCAGCAGAGACGUGUCUGUAAACUGGUGGUAAUAAAAAGGCAGAGCGCUCACAGCAGGGUGUUCAACACCCCCUGUAUCAUGGUGUCGGGGCUGAACGGGGCCCUGGUCUGGACUCUUAUCAGGUAUGUCAAGUUUCAGGCAGAUUGGAAAAUGUAAAGUGAAGGGUUCCUGUGUUACGGAAGGGCGCCGUGCCACGCCGGCAUCCCAAACACCUUCACAUGCUGCUGGCCCAGUUUGAGAAGGAUGCUUUAAAUCCUCUUGGAGGAGUUUCAAAAGGUCCCAUACCUGUAAAGGGCCUAAAACAUGACCAAUGACAUCAUCAUUCUAGCUAUCGAAAACUCUUUUGCAAUUUAAGGUGACAUCAGUCGGAGGAUUAUUCCAACCAAAAAUGAGAGAAAUACGAUAAACCCCCUAGGAGGAGUUCGAAAUAAUUUAAAAUAAAAAUACGUUAAAAAACGAGUGAGUGACUGAAGCGCUGCAGAUGUUUGGAUCACAGAGUUCAUCCGCCCACACAGAUGUAAAUAUGAAGAAGUGUUUUUUACCUGAUGAGAGAAUAUAUGAAGUAUUUGAAGUAGUGUUACUGUAUGUACAAGUUGUUGUUGAAAUGCAUUCAGCCAUCGGCCUGCGAGCUGAGCCACUGACUUGGACCAGAAAACCAAAAGUGUUGGUCCGGAUAAAAUGUGGAAGAUUAACGACAGAACAUCCAAGAGUCCCUUUACUCAUCACACUACGAACUGAGAUCAGAGCUGUCUCUUCGCUGCCUUGUCUUCUCCUCUCUCUCUGACAGGACGUCCAGGUGACCAGGUGUAUUAUAAACUGCCUGAAUGCUGCUCUUUGGUCCUUUCUUAUUUAUUAAAUAUAGGAGUCAAUGUUGA